UCACUCCGCUCCUCUCACACUGGAACAUCCGGGUCGUAGCGGUCCUCUCAAGUAACGACAAGAGGUCGCAAACAGGCGGAAUUAAUUCACAAAAAACACACCGACAAAAAAAAAGAAACGAAAAAAGGGAAGGAAUUUAUAGAAGCGGAACAAGUGGACGGAAUACAUCUUAUAAAUCAUCACAUUUGUUUCCUAAAAAUCACUGGAAGUUUGGACAUCAUGAGGAUUUUCAGUGUUGUGCUCUUACUGGUUCACGCCUUGGUGGUGUCCAGACCCGCCAGCGGUGCUGCAGUCGACAGGUAUGAGAGCGACAGGCAGCGGCACACAGCCAUUAUAAACCUGGACACAACCAGGAACAGGAGGGUGGAGGAGGAGAGCAGAAGCGUGGAAGCGACAACAGUGGAGUACGGCCAGGAAGGCGAGGAUGAGGAGGAGUACGGUGAUUAUUAUUAUGAAGAUGAGGAUGAAGAUGGCUUGUCUGGAGACUAUGAGGAGUUGCCACGAGUUGCCAUGGUAAGCAAACCCAAAGACCCAUCUGCCAUCCUGGAGGCUGAAAGCACCGAAGGAAACAGGAGGAGAGGAAAGGGAAGAAAGAGGGGGAAAGGCAAGGGGAAGAAGAGGAAUCCUUGCCUGAGGAAGUACAAAGAUUUCUGCAUUCACGGCACCUGCCAGUACCUGAGGGAAAUCCGUGCCGCGUCCUGUGUGUGCCACCCCAGCUACUCCGGGGAAAGGUGCGAGUUCUUCACGUUGCCCCUGGAGAAACCCCAGGAGGGCUACAACCGGACCACAGCUCUGGCAGUGGUGGCGGUGGUGCUGUCGUCCGUGUGCCUCACCAUCAUAGGCCUUUUAUUGUUGCUCAGGUUUCACAAGCGGGGAGCGUAUGAUGUAGAGAGUGAAGAGAAGGUCAAACUAGGUUUAGCGUCCAACCACUGAAGAGACAAAGAGAGGCACAGAUGUGGAAAUUCUACCUCAAAAUAGAAAAAGAGAAGUGAACUGCAAAAGGAGGUCCUGGAGGGAAAAAAGGAUCGUACAUGAAGAAGGGAACAGAGGUUGUUGUCUGCCUCGAACCCUCUGCUAGACGUUCAGAUGUAAAAAGGGCAGGUGAACAUAUUCCUGAAGGCCUCAGAAGAAGUCGGCCCACCUGAAACUGGAAUACUAACGGCCCCGAGGAUGGACUGGAGAUGUGACGAGCAGUUAGGUGACGAGCACGGAGGAAUGAGAAGAAGAAGAAGAAGAAGAAGAAGAAGAAGAAGGAACGCGUCUAGACCCUGCGCUGCUUCUUGACUGUGUGAAAAAAGAGGUCGUGUCAGACUGAACUGAACAAGAUUUUUAACAAUUUUUUUCUCAACAGACAGCAUUUUGUAUUUUCCUGCACAAGUCCAUCUUUUUUUUUGUGUACAGUAAACAGUAUAUUUAUAAUUUUAAUUUAUUUAUUUAAGCUAACUGUAUUUAUAGAGAUUUUAACCACCUUCAACCGUUUUUAAAAUAAUGAUGUUACAGUUGUUUUUAUAUUUCUUAUUGGACGCUAUUUAUUUAUGAAACAGAAAAGCAAACAAUGCAGAAGCUCCUUGAGAUAUUAAGUAUUUCCUGCAAAAAAAAGGGGGAUGAUGCAUAAAACUAUCUGAUUACUGGCUUUAAUUUUGGCACUCGGUAGAUGAUCAAUAGCACUGUGAUUAAAGAAUUGAUCGUUGAAUA